UUUGUAAUAUGAUUAGAAUGACCGUUUUCAGCCAGUCAUCUUUGCAUAGAUACAUAACUUUUUAAUUAUUGCUAUAUUCGUGUGAAUUUAAAUGACGGUUAAUUUGAAUGAACGGAAUUCCCAACGAGACAGCGGAAUCAUGGGUAUUUCCGACGGGUGCAGAAGAAAGAGUUUACCAGCUCACGAUUUCGGAACGUGCUCUGAAGAGAAAUACUCUGGUCUGCCUUCCAACUGGGCUCGGAAAAACAUUCAUUGCCGCAGUGCUGAUGUACAAUUUCUACCGUUGGUUCCCGGACGGAAUUUUUAUUUUCAUGGCUCCAACUCGCCCCCUCGUGAAACAACAAAAAGGAGCUAUGCUCAAAUUCGUACCGUUGGAACCUACUUUAAUGGUAGAGCUGACCGGAACUAUGAAACCUGAGAACCGGAAUGAAAUGUGGCUAUCAAAGCAAUUUCUAUUCAUGACUCCACAAGUUAUGACGAACGACAUAAGCCGGGGUGUUGUGCCGUUGGACCGUGUUCGUUUGCUAAUAGUUGAUGAAGCACAUCGGGCAACAGGCGAUCACGCAUACGUGAUAGUCAUCAAUAAACUUUGGGAGAAUCACAAAGAGUUUCGUGUCCUUGCGUUGACUGCCACUCCCGGUAAGGACGAAACUCGCAUUUAUGAGAUUGCAGAAACCUAUGUGCAAGAUUUGCAACGUGUUAAUGUUGUGCAGACAUCUCACCGCUUCCUCUCGCGCUUCAAGCUGAUCCAGUGUAUGGAAGAACUACGUGCCAAAGGAGGAAGUUUUGCAGGAUCGUGUUUAAGCUUGGUUACAUUUUGCGUGUCUCUCUACUAUGGGAUAGAGUUAUUGGAGCAGCAUGGAUUACGCCCGUUUUAUAAUCAUUUUCAAGCAAUUUUGAGUGGUGAGAAAAAUCCGGAAGUCAAAACCCGGUUGCUAAAAGACGAACGGUUCAUGGUCCUGAUGCGCAAGUUGAGGGAAAACUUUGGCGUUAUGGGAAAAGGAUUUGUCAUCGGCCAUCCAAAACUAGAGAAGUUGAGGGAUGUUGUUCUAGAACAUUUUCAAAAACACGACGAUAGGAACACGAAGAUCAUGAUAUUUUCUCAGGAAGCCUGGGACAGUGAAGAAGACCUAGAGGAAGAGGAUGAGAUUUACCGAGAAAGCGUGGAAGAUAUUACAGCCUUGCUUAAAAAUUUUGAGCCAAUGGUUCGGGCUCGGAGUUUUGUUGGCCAAACCUCGUCUGGAAAAAACACUAAAGGAAUUACGCAGAAGGAACAGCUUAAGGUGGUGAAGGAGUUUUCCAGCAAAACAAACGCUGAAACCGGUUUUAAUGUACUUGUGUGCACCUGUGUGGCUGAAGAAGGAUUAGACAUCGACGACGUAGACCUCAUCAUUUGCUUUGAUUCAAAUCGCUCGCCGAUCAGGUUAAUCCAAAGAAUGGGUCGCACUGGACGCAAAGCUGCAGGAAAAAUGAUAGCUCUUUGUGCAGAAGGAAAAGAAGCCGAGGCAUAUCUGGGAGCAAUGCGCCAAAGAAACGUCGUAAACCGGAUUCUAUGCGAUAAGAACAUCAGCAAGAACCUCAUGCCUCCCAUUCCUUGGCCAUUUCCUGAAGGUAAGAACUUGCGUUGUGAGCGCAUGGCCCACGUCCCGAUAAACUUCGAAAGUCCCGCCGUGAAAUCACGUGCUAAACCCGGUGUAGCCAAACGAGAGCGGAAACGAAAAGUAAAUGCAAAGCACGUUUCUGAUGAUGAAGGCACCAUCUCAAAAAAUUAUGCUGGGGGUUCUAAGCGCUUACAUUCGAAAACGAAUGCUGGCGAUCUGCGAUCGUUUCUAAUGAACAAUUCCGGCGUAUCUACAAAAAAGAAGCGUGGUGUUGAAUCUUCACCGGAGAUCAUCACCAUUGCGGACGAAGACGUGGAUAUGGAAAGAAUUAUGGAAACCUUACCCAAAAAUUUCGCUUCCGACGAUAAUUUAAUUUGCGAAGAGGAUGAAAUUUUAGACCUCAUAGCCAUGGGUACCAAGGCGCUUGAAGAACUUCAAGAAAUCUCCAGCAGGCGAGCGAAGGAAGAACGCGAGCGACAACGGAAACUCGAAACCUACGACUGUGAUGUUUGUGCUGACGUUUUUACCACACUUUUUCGCCGUUUCAAUCCUUCCGCUCCUGUAACUCCCGUCCGAUUGUCUCCUCCCAUGAGCGCAAGUGCUUUUGAAGUAUGUGACGGCAGUAAGCAGGAUUCUUUGGAAGCUUUGAUCGAAGAUAAUAUGGGAAACUGUUCUGAAAUGGAAUUCGACCAUGUUGACGAUCCUGGUAAAUCAAAGGACAUCACAGACCCUCAACCCGGCGCUGUUGAACUUAAGACAUCUACUCCUUUUAUUCGGCACAACAACCUUCAAGCCUCUUUCAAACCCGGAAAAUUAUUCACUGUGUUCGAGUCUCCUAUUGAAGCAUCGCCUGUGAUUGUAAAGCGUGAUUCCCCCGACGUUUCCUCGAAAGGUGCGAAUGAAACAAUCCUGGCUUCAACUACUCAAAUAUUGAAAGCAAUAAAUGCCGCGACGCAAGUUUUGUCUGAAACCCCUGCUAAGCUGAGAAAGUUCAAGCCGACGAAGCUCUCUGUAAAAACUGCGGUUGUAACGUCUCCAAAACCUGCUAAGAGCACCCUUCACAAUUUUGAUGACAUUUCUGAUGAGGAUGAUGACUUGUUCGCGAGGAUGGAUCUUGACAAACUGAAAAGUCCGUCGUCUUCGAGGGAAGAUGUAGCGAAGAGUGUCGUUGACAGUCGUCCGUUGGCUGGUCGUCCACCUCUAUUUGCCUCGCCGAAAUGCUCAACUAUAGACCGUUCUGUUUCUGAAAAAAAACCAGUUUCAUUGAGCGAUUGUCGAUCCCCAAUUUUAUCUACGCGGAUACGCCCUGUGGAUAGUUCCGUUCAGUCCUGCGCACCGACUGACGCGAAAGCUGUGUACAAUCUUCUUGAUUUACUCAGUGAUGAUUCCGUCGAGGAAAUUGACUUCGAGAAAUCGACGGAUCUCGGGGAUAUUGGUCCUCCACGGUCUCCGGAGUUUCAAAAAGUAGGCUCUCGAAAUAGGCCCAGAAACACGAACUCAGGAACUGCAUGUGUGAGGAAAAAUGGCAGUGAUUUUACCGGAAUUUCUCGGGAGCAAGUCAAUAAUGUGGCAUUGAAUAUGGAAGGAAUGAGAAGUUCAGAAGUUCACCUGGCCACUUCGCGGAAAAAAGAGGAAGCUGCUGUCGUGUUUCAUGAUUUAAGUGAUCUUUUCGACGACGUUGAUGAGGUUCAGCUCAGACAGGUUUCUCCAACAGUCUUAGUCGAACCGGCUGCGCCAGUAACACCUGUAGUUCAUACUUUCGACGACUUGGUAUGCGACGGAGAAAGCAAUGAUUCCUGGUUGUUGGACGCUUAUGAACAAGCUAUGGGAACCGACGCUGAUAAACACGAAGCUCUUGCUGGAUUACUUCCUGAUGCGGAUGCUGCUAAAAAGUUGAAGAUAGUAUCCCAAAAAUGCACAACGCGUAAUGAAGCUAAUUCGUCAAGUACGCUUGCGCAUGGAUCGACGCAGAGAAAUGUUCAUUUGAAUUCUUCUACCGAACACGAGAGUUUUGAACUACCGAUAGCGAGACGCCGGAAGAGAGUAGAUUUUUUUGAAGACACUCGGGAAAGCGCUGGAUCCGCCGAUUCCUCCAAUCCCCUUGUCCGAAGGAAAAUCGGCCAUAAUCAGUCGAAAAAAUCUACGAAGUCUGUCAGCUGGGAUUCAUCGACGAUUGAUGAUGAUGAUGAUUUCAUUAUUCCAAAGCGGUCGAAAAUGGAUUCAGCCGGGGAGUCUAGAAAGAGUACGGAUGAAGCUGGUAGUUCAAGAAAAACCUUGGAGAUUAGUUCGCGAGACGUGAAGGUCAAGAAGAAGAAGAGGAAACGCAGACACAAUGAUUUCUUGGACGACGAAGCCGAGGUUUCGAUUGAUAGACUCAAUUCAGAGGAUGAAAGUGGGGGUAGUUCUUAUGAUGAAAAUGAGCUGAGUAUGAUUGAUGAUCGCGACAUUCUCACUCAGGAUCCGGGUGUCGAUAUGGCCGCGGUCUACCUCCGAUCUGUUCGGGACGCCCAACCAAAACACAACGCCUUUCGGCUGAAGUAUGAAUCCGCCGUUCCUGAUCACGAAGUCUUCUCUCAGCAUCCCGGGAGAGAUACUGCGGAAUCGGCCAGUGAUGAUGAUUUGGAUGGCUUUAUUGUUGACGAUGUUGAAGAAGAUGAGAUUGCAGGAGAAUCCGAACAAGAAGUGUCGGCUGUUGGUUGCCUUUCACAAGGAGGAGUUCGAACACGACGUCAGCGAAUGCAAAUGAAACCACGCAAGCGUCGCGUUGUUCGAUUUUCUUCGGAGUUCAUGGACUCUCUCCCGGGAAUAGUCAAGAUUUCUCUGGCUUGUGGAGUCAGUGUGUUAGCGGUCAUUGCGGGAAAACGUGCAGUAAAGCGAUAUCUUACCCACAAAGGUUCUGUGGCUGAGCAGGAUCUGAAAUUCAAUGCUUGUGGGGAUGAAAACAUCGUUGAAAUCGAGAAGUAUCAACGCGAAGCGGGUGAGGAUUUAUUUCAAAAAAUUAAGAUGUAUGGGACUCAACCCAUCGUUGGAUCGAAACGAUCACCAAUAGCGCGAGCGUGGAAUGCUGGACGGUCUCGAGAAGAUGAAAAAGCUGAACAAAGAAAAGAGAGCAUUUUGAUGAACGAAAUAUUGGAUCACGACUGUGAUUCGAAUGGAUGUCCCGUCAUCAACCGGGGUUUAUUCAGCCCCUCUCCGUACCCUGACGAUACAGCCAAUUUGCCAAUCCCGUAUGAUCUUGAUGCUGAUUCUCCGUGGGGCGAGGAGUCCCGUGUCGUAUCGAAAUUCAUCCGCGUUGUACACAGCGCGAAGCGUUCUCUGCUCAUCUGCAUGCACAUGAUUUGCUUCAAAAAGUAUGUCGAACAUUUGGUGUUCUUGCGGAAAGAUAAUCCGACCCUGGAUUUGCGUGUGAUGGUGGACGAAGUUUACUUCGCUGAUAUCCUUGUCGAAGCAGGCAUUCCAGUGCUGCAGUACAAGGGUAAUCCUUGUUUUGGCACACUCCCCGGUCGCCUUCAUUCGAAGUAUUUCAUCGUUGACAAAAAAAUUGCCAUGUUAGGGUCGGCCAACUGGACUAGAGCCGCCUUCAAGGAAAAUUUUGAGAAUCUGAUCUUAUCUACGGAUCCUCUUGUUGUUGAAAGGCUGGCAGAUCAUUUUGAAAGCUUGUGGAAGACUGACGAUUUCGUUCCCUACGUGCAGAAGAAUGGCGAAAAACCUCGUCCUCCUCAGUAUUGAAGUGGAAACUUCUUCGGGGAAGAUGAAUUUUGCUUCGUCAGAAAAUUGAAUCGAAAUGGUGGGACUUCUGCUGAAUGAACAUCAGAAUCCCAUCAAUGUUCAACUUUUUCUUAUUGAUUUUGGCAGCGUUGCAAAGUCGCGAUGAUGAAGUUAGCAACCACGGUCAAUUAAAUUUUUGCGCAGUUUUAUUUAAAUCCUGCAUUUUUUUAUGCUAAUUUUUUAAACCAUGAACACAUCUGGGUCUUUCAUCCGAAGUCUUCUCGAGGAUUUAGGGUGACAUCGGUGCAACAAAGAAGUGAAAUGGAUUUGUAUCAUGACGAUAUCUUUGUAGCUCUCGAUCCGUCCAGCACUGCGAAUAAUUCCCCUGCUCGCGAUCAGCGCUUGUUGAUUUCUGCUGUGUUGAACUCGCGCGACCCUUUCAACGCUUUGUUCUUUGUAUCACUCGAGCAUUUUGUGAUGCACCCACGGCGUUCACGAAGAAGCUGGUAACCCACAUGGAAAGCUGCAAGACGAGGAAGAGUGAGAUCGAAGAUGGAGCCAGGUUCUCCAUUGCGCCGUUACACAAAUGCCAGUCGCAUGUGUACAUUUUUCGAUAUCCGUAAUCGUUGUGGUGAGUUUUCCAUUGAUUGCUGAUUGGUCUGUUCGCGGGUGCGCAAUUCCGGUAAAAAUGUGUUGGAAUGCCUGUUCGAAAGACAGUGCCAAACAAAAAAUAAAGGGAAAAAAAUGAAUGUGAACGCUUUAAAAA